GUACUAGGUAAGGAACAAGAAAGUUUUCAAAGUUUUCUCUUGUUCCGGGGGUUUCCAAUGGUGCUAUGUCGCAAUAAUGCAAUAAACGGCAACCUUGCCCAGUUCCGUCAUCUUUGAAAAUUCAUUCCUUUCGCAAACAACUAAAAACAAAAGGCUCGCUUCUAGUUCUAACUUAUUAUAAUUAUGUUCAGAGUUUCUAUAUGGUGGUACACUACCUUUAAUAUAUAUAUACCUAUAUAUAUAUAUUUUCUCCUAUAUGCUAUUAAAUCUUUUAGUUAUUCCCUAACACCGGCCAUUAUCGCACCAAUUGCCGAUCCCUGAACUCGCGGUGCAGAUGGCUCCUCCGACGGCCCCUCUGAACCUCGAUGUCGAAGCGAUAUCAGGUAUCUGCGGCUCCAUCUCGAUUGCGGCAUGGGUCGUGGUCUUCUCGCCCCAGAUUAUAGAAAAUUUCCGACGAGGCUCCGCUGAUGGCUUGUCCGUCCCCUUCAUUAUCCUCUGGCUCCUCGGCGAUGUCUUCAACAUCCUCGGCGCCAUACUCCAAGGCGUGCUGCCGACGAUGCUCAUCUUAGCCAUCUACUACACGAUAGCCGACUUCGUUCUUCUGGCGCAAUGCUUCUACUACAAGGGAUUUACUUGGAGGGACGAACUCCCGUCGUCUAAGCCGAAACCCUCGAACGUCGUUGCCGUCAGCGAGCCUACGGAAAGAACGGGGUUGUUGAAUGGCCAUUUCGAAGAGAGGGAGAGAAGAGGCAGUGAUUGGUCUCAUCUAAAUCCGACGGUACCUAUGGUGUCGGAAAUCCCAGUUCCACCCCCGCCUGCGCCAACGAAGUUGCAGUCGAUAAUAUGGAAUUCGGUGGCAGUCCUCAUGGUUUGCGUGGCGGGCGUGCUCGGAUGGCUGUUGAGUAGACAGUAUUCUAACAGCCAACCUGAUUCACCUGCGGACGAGGGACUUCCUUCGUUCGAUGUUUUAGGUCAAAUAUUUGGUUGGCUGUGCGCUCUUCUCUACCUUGGUUCGAGGCUCCCUCAAUUGCUGCUUAAUUGGCGCCGUAAGUCGACUGAGGGUGUGAGCAUCCUGUUCUUCCUCUUCGCCUGCCUUGGAAAUUUGACAUACGUCCUUUCUAUCUUGGCCUACGAGCCUCACUGUGCUGGCCCGCGAUGCCAGCCUGGUGAGGCAGAGCGGAUAUAUGGAAGAUAUAUACUCAUCAACUCCAGUUGGCUAGUCGGCAGCUUGGGAACCUUGCUCUUGGACCUGGGCAUAUUUGCCCAAUUCUUUAUCUAUAGCAAGAAUAACCCGGCGGACGAAGACGGCGCCGUAUUCGAAGACGAGGAAGCUAGCAUCGAUGAACGACGGGCUGAUGAUCGGCCGCUCCUGCAGCGGACUGGCUCGGGUCUUCCGUAUAUUCCAUAAACUGGAGAAACAACAACGCUCAUUAUUAAUACUUUUGCAUAUAUGAGUUUACAGAAAAAACAUGGGUUGGUAUUGGAACGAAAAAGAGUAGUGGAGUUCAGGUUCAUUUUCAUUUUCAUUCUCCAUCUAUUUUUUUUAAUGUGUGUCAGCUAGGAUAUUGACAAAACAGCACAUUCUUAAUAUUAAAUAAGGGGCUACCGAGAACGGUGUAUUUUAUUCAUUGUUGUGAUACAGUUGGGGGAUAUGCAGCAAUGCAUCAAGAGAGGUGAAACCAAAAGCUAUAUCGUAUUUUACUCUAUUUCUUAUUUUAGACAAAUCUAAGUUACCGAUUCUCCUCAUUCUUAAGUUGGGUAGAUAGAUCAAAUAAUUCAUAUCUGGUUGUGCAUAUCAACGGCUAUAGCCUUAGUAUAUUAGUUGAUCUCUCUCGCAUAAUC